AUGAACGUUUUCGUCGGCGGCAUGGUCUUCGCAGGCAUAGGUGCUGGUAUCAACGAGCUCACUGCUCUAGCUGCCACAAGUGAACUUGCUCCUACCGCAAAGAGGGGCAAGUAUGUGGCGAUACUCAUCUUCACCAUCCUUCCAUUUUGCCCCAGUGUGCUUUGGGGCCAGCUGAUAGCUGCCCAUUCCUCAUGGCGGUGGGUUGGUGCACUCUGUGCCAUUUGGGCGUUCAUUGGCCGUAGGAUAUGCUCAAACUCCGCCGUGAAGAAAUUCUACUAA